UUUUUGAUUAGAACAAUAAGGAUUUGUUUACAAUUGUGACCCCGGUUUUGUUUGAAAAGAACGUUCACGCAGUACAUUUUCUGCAAAGAUCCCCGAUGUUUUUUGUUUCGCGAGCUCCGAUUCAUGAUUCAUGAUCGUCAGUGAAGAGGACCUUGGAUCCGAGAAAAAGUUGAGCAAAGUUUUUCGCCUCUUCCUCCGCGAUCGCGCCAGACAAAAUCACAACACUCAUUAUAAUGAUAUCGUUUGUUCUUCAUUUUAAUUAGCAAUUUUCUACUGUUUAAAUUAUAAGUUCUACCACGACUGUUUCUAUGUUAUUUUCUAAUAUUAUAUCUCGUGAAAAGUGAUUGUUUUGAGUGUUAAUGAACCAAUCUAGUUCCUGGCCUGUACUGGGCUUCAAAAUUUUCAUCAAAUCAUGAAUCUCGUUUGUCAUGAGCUCAAAUUAUGUUUCGUUUUGUACAGUUUCUUAAUUUCACAAGUGUUUAGCGAAGAUGGCAAAAAAAUUAAGAGUGAUGAUCAUUUUAGAACAGCUAGCACCACUUCAAGACCUUUCUCUAGGACUUCACAUACCACCACAGAGGAGCCAAUCACUGAAUCAUCUGUUUUAAGUGCGGAAAGCUGCAAAGACGACAUGGCUUGCUUGACGAUGGCGUCGCAAGAUCGGCUCGGUCUCGAAGCCAUCAGGUCCCUCCACCGGCAGCUGGACGACGAUGCUGACGGAGCUGUUGAUCUCAUGGAAUCCGAUGAGUUCUUAAGAGAGGAGCUCAAGUACGAGAAUGGCGCCGAGCGGAGGCAGAAGGCGUUCCACCGAAACGACGACAUGCAUAUAUCGGUGAAAGAACUCUGGGAUGCCUGGGUCAAGUCAGAGGUGCACAAUUGGACGGUGGAGCAGACCUCUGAAUGGCUCGCCAGCAACGUGGAGCUGCCGCAGUAUGUGCCGAUUUUCAUCCUCCAUCGUGUCACCGGUGCCCACUUACCGAGGUUGGCGGUGAACAACAUGCAGUAUUUAAGCAACGUGCUCGGCAUCAAGGACCCGAUUCACAAGCAGAAGAUCGCCCUCAAAGCUAUGGAUGUCGUCCUCUUCGGCCCGCCCAAAGACUACGGACACCACGUGAAAGACUUAGUCCUUGUAUCUUUACUAUUAUUGGCGCUUUCUGGCUGUUGGUACGCCUAUCACACUAACAAAGUUUCGCGUCGGCACUUAAAACGCAUGAUGAAAGACAUGGAAGGUUUGCACAAAGCUGAGCUCGCUCUCGACAACUUGCAGAAAGAAUUGGAGAGGGCAAAGCAAGAGCAAGAAUUUGUCACAACUGAAAAACAGAACCUAGAAAAGCGUCUCAAGGAACAGACUAGCGAUAAUAGUGAUUUGAAGACAUCUUUCUCUGAUUUGGAAGUGUCCCAACUGAAAGCUGAGAUCGAAGCCCUUAGAAAUGAAUUACAGAGAGCUGAAGGCGAAUUGGAAGAUCGGUGUUGGGCGCCGCCUCCAGGGCUUCAGCAUUGGCUCCAACUUACACACGAAUUAGAAAACAAAUCCUACGUCAAAAAGAAAAUCUCAGCUGAAAAACAGUUGCAACAGGCCAGAGAAGCCUGUGAAAAACUGAGGAAAAAACGUUCUAGUUUAGUUGGUGCCUUUGUUUCAACCCAUGGGAAAUCAAUAGAUGACGUGGACAGAAGUAUAGUCGAAGCCAGAACAUCUUUGAAUGAAGUGACGCAAGAAUUAGCAGAACGAGUUCACCGGUGGAAACAAAUUGAACUCCUUUGUGGCUUCAAUAUUAUUAACAAUAGUGGAUUAGCAUAUUUAGAAAAUAUGCUGUAUAGAAAUGUAGCCAAUGGUAGAGGCUUUUCGCUCAGAAGUCGCAUGAGCAGUAGUCAAGACGAUUUAGAUGAUGACUCAAUGUCUUACUCAAUGUCUCAAGGUUUGUAUUGUAUCCAAUUCAUUCUAGAUCACUUUGGCGAUUUUGAAAGUUCAUCUGUAAGAGAGGAUCAAAACUCAUCUGAAAGUGAGCGGUUCGAUCCCGAGGACGAAGAUGAAAAAUCUCGCCAUUCUCAAGUUCAAUUUAUAGUAGGAGGUGACUCACCAGUUAAUGAGACAUCGCCUGCUCAAAAAUUAGUUCCCCAGCAAUCAGAUGAAGCGACAGCUGCGUCGGAGAAACAAGGGGCUUUGUCGCAUAGUGACCGAGAAGCUUCUGUGCCUUACUUAAAUAAGAACCAGAAAUCGAUCAGAGUAAGCCAAAACGUAGAUGCAAUGGCUUUGGAGACAGAGUGCCGACCUGGACGUAAGCACUCGCAGACUUCGCAAACAUCACAAGGAUCAACAGAAAAUAUUGAGAUUCUACCGCGGGGAAGGCGGCUGCAUAAACGCAACGAACUCCACCAGUCACACUCAACCAGUGGCGUUUCAUCUGCUGACGAGGAAGUUUUGGCAGGUGAGCUCCUUGCUUCUGCGACAGAAGACGUCAGUGAUCUUAAGCGGCAGAAGAAGUCGCUUCUUCACUUUCCCAAAUUCUCAAGGAAAGUUAAGCAGUCAUCCAGUCCACAGCUGAGUGUGUCCUCGUCCUCAAAGUUGCCCACUUAGUAUUGGUUCGUUAAGGGCUCAAGAGACCUGAGUGUAAUGUUUUGUUAAGUUUUUGUUUUUUGGAAGCCAUGCUCAAGAGGGACAAGUGCUCUUAAGAAAGAAUGCCUGUGAUAGUAGUAGCUUUGAUUCAGGUCAGCAGAGGUGCGUUUAUUAUGUAGAGAAGAUGCACAGAUAUUUCCUGGGGGAAGAAUUCCAUGAUUUUAUCACUUUAUACCUUUUCUUUUUCUUGCUUUGUCCCAGUGUCCAAGUGGUAGUGAAGGCAAUAAGUUGGGAUUCGAUCGGUAGAUUAUAGCUGCUUUAUAAACGAAAAUUUAUAUCAAAAUUACCAGAACCAAAAAUGGCAAUUUAUUGUGAUUAAAUUACUCUUCGAUCAAUGUCAAUUUUAGAUGAUAUUAAGGAAGAAAAAAUAAAUUGACGUAAAAUUUCAUUUUUAUGAAAGUCUGAUUUCAUUGCAAUGAGUCCGGAUGAAAACACUCAAAUAUUGAUAAUUCUAGCAAUUCUAUUGCAAUAAAUAGUCAAGAAAAUCAUAACUCUUCCAUCUUAAAAUGUUACUUGGGUGGUGUAAAUAUGACUGAAAGAAGUUUCCGAGUUCAUCUCUUCAUAUCCCAACUCUUAUCAAAGAGAAUAAAAUGUUUCUUUUGAAAAAUGUCAGCCCUCUAACCUGCUUCUUGAUGUAUUCAUAUCUAUGAAAAACCCAAAGUAUAUUUUAGAGGUAGCUCUAUAGUGCACCGCAGAUUCAGUUCAUAUCUCCAAUAAGUGAUUCAGUUUUUUUGAUGCGAAAAGAUUUGAUUGCCAAUUUUUACCACUUAUGUAAUUAUUGAAGUAACAAUAUUACAGCUUAUUUUGAAGGAGAAUCCAUUGAAGCAGAUCCUAACAGGAUGUUCCAACUGGGAAGCAAUGUCUGCAAAGUUUUUACUUCGAGUAAAAGGUUUUUGACUAGACUUGUCAAUCCCAUUAAGGUAGCAAAUUACCCGAGUCUCCUAAAAAUAUUCAUGAACCAACUAAGAGCUGUCAAAAUUUCGUUCCUUGUAAUCACUUAUCAUCAGCAGUAAAACAUAGUCAAAAAAAACAUUUUCCCACUUCAGUUUAACUAAAUUUUUCUUUCUUUCUAUCUAUACAAAUUUUAGUAAGCCUUUAAUAAUUGUAAGUAGUAGAACAGUUUUAAAAAGCCAGUUUAUCACAAUAUUCACUUAAUGUGUACUCUCAGAAGUACUUUAAGCAAUUUCAUCAUCAAAUUUUGUAGCCAAAUCCCUGAUGCAUUGUAAAAUAUUUUAAAUUUAGAUUUUUUACCCUUUUAAUUUUUUUAAAAUGCCUGAACAUUUUGGAAGGACCUAUGAUUUAAGUGAUGGUGAAGUGCCGAACUCUUGCGCUAUAGAUUCAUCCAAAGUUUAAAAUUUUGUAGGUCCAUAACAAUAUCAGAUUUUUGGAUUUUAAAAGUCAUAACUCUAUGCUCAGCAUCUGUCCCUCUUGGGCAGCCAAAUUUUUUAUUCAAGCAGCUUUCUUCUGAUAUUGGAGAAUAUAACACCGAAAGCCUGUUUAAUAGUUUUAGACCCGUGACUCUAGUUGUAUAAGGAUGUAUGCCUAAUUUCAAAUUCCCACCCUAGUAUUAUUGACUGUUAAAAUGUGGACUUCAAGAAACGGGGAAAUAAUUGUUAAAAUGUAUUAGGUGGCAAACCCUCCUAGCUUUUUUAAAGUAAAAAUGUGAAAUUGAUGCUUAUAAAAAGCUGUGCAAAAUUUCUAUCAAAGUUGUGUUAAAUUCUGAAAAUCUUUCAUACUAAUGCUCAACACAAGAUAACGUGCAAAAUAUACAACAUAAAAAACUAAAAUUUUCUGUAAAAUUGUUUUCAAUAUUCACUAAAUAAAGUGAUCUAAAACUUUUACAAGUCUAAAAGGGCAUUUUCAUGUAAAAAAGAUCAAAAGGGGUUUCUUAACUUGGAAAUUUUAAUUGUUUUUUAGAGUUUUAUCUUUGAAAUUUACAAUUUUUUUUUUUUUACUUUUUAAUAACAGUCAAUGCUACUGGGCAGGUUUGUAAGAUGUAAAAAACUCAUAGCUUUAUUGUAACAACUCUUGUCUUAAGACUUUUUCCAGUGUGUCAGACUAAUGGUAGCUAGUACAAGAAGUGAUCGUGUAGUACGAGAUUCACUGAACAACUCAGUAUUUUCUGUUUAUAAAAAACAUUAGGUGAGGUGCGAACGGGAGCAAGAUAAAAAGAAAAUUAAUACACAAAAGUUUUA